GGAUUGAUUGAAAGGAGUAUUUUAGGAGUUAUAGUUUCAGCUCUAAAUAGACCAAGUGGGCUUAGCAUGGUGUGGAUAUGGCUAAGUAUUGUUGUAAUAGUGCCAUAUUUAUUAGCAACUGCUGAUAUUUCAUUACAUUCUUGGGUCACAGCAGAAGUUAUAUUACAAGAAGGUCAAAGUAAAAUUUUAAAUAAUGCAAUUCAAAUAGAUCCGAAAUGUGGAAAUACUGGAAGUGAUUUUGGUAACAUAGAUUACUUUCUUUAUGGAGUGCAUGCUGACGCACAUAAUGUUUCAACUAUAAUUGCAUCAUUUGGUUACGGUGUUAGCUAUUAUGACACUUUAAUUCCUGAUAAUGCAGGUGAAUUGGGAAAAUUGGAAUGGAUCGUAACCGGAGUAUUCUCCAAAGAUCCUUCAACGACAUAUGAUGAUGAAUUUGUAACAGAAAGUAAUUGGAGUGUAAAGCUUGAUGAACCUUUAGACGCUAACACAACUCAUGUUUCUUUCAGUGGGUCUAGUACAUCUGUUGCGCAAGAAGCUGAAUAUCAGCUAAAACUUGGAAUUGGUGGCAUGAUAGCAAGUGUUGCAGUGAGUAUUGUUGAUCAAAGCCCCGGAACAGUAUCUAUUGCUGAUAGCAUCACAGUAACGCGAAUCGGAGCAAUGCCAUUAAUAUUGUAUGGAAUAGCAUUAGUUAUCAUUCCAAUAACAAUCGCUGAAUGGAUAUUAUUAAAGAUUAGCAAAUAUACUAAAGGAAUUGAUUCGAAUGGUUAUUCAGUUAUUGUGCAGACCGUACUUGCUGAAAUGAUUAUCAUUACCGAUAGGAUAGUAUAUGAUGCUAUAAGAACUCCUUCUUGGAAUGCAUACUUUAAAAGCAUUGAGUUUCAGCGGCGAUUACUUAGCCAAGACCAAGCUGGUAUAGGGUAUAAGGAUGGUCAUUUUGGUCUUAUUAAUGGUAUUGUUUCAUCGGCUAAGUACGUUGUAAAUUCUGAAGAGACCUGA